AAAAGUAGCUAGAACUUUGAACCGUCGUCGUAAUAGGCAAAAAAAAUAAGCAAGAGAAAAAAAUUUAACUCUGAACCAAUAAAAAAAGUUUAAGAAUAUUUUAUCAUUAUCAAAUAAUAAUUGUCUAUAUAUCGAUGAAAAGUGUGAGAUAAAUGUGAUUGCGUGAAAUUUUUGAUGGUCUACUGCGGACUAAAAAAGAAUAUCAGAACUGUCGUGUAAUUUGCCUCUGGAGAAAAAAAAAAGUGAAAAUUUUAAUAUUAUCGUUUUUUUUUUGUCUUCGCUGCAUUUAAUGCAAUUUUUUACAAUUUUCAUCGCAGUGGUGCUGUUUUUAUUUCGGCGUGAAAUUUGUGUUUUCAAUUCUCAGUUUUACGUUAAAUGUUACGUUGAGCUUUCGUGAAUUUUAUGUGUUUUUAUAUCCAUUGCUUUUGUAUUUGGGUUGGAAAAUAAGAGCGACGAUUAUUGGAGUGAGGAGUAUUCAGAUUUUGACCACAUAUUGGUGGUGUUCAAGUUCUAUUUUCGGUUUUUGAAAACAAAACGCAAUCUUCGCUAGUGGUUCGAGAAAAUUUGUGUCGAAAAUGCAAAUGGGAAUUUUUCACCAGAGACAAAUGAGUACGGUUUCUUUGGAGUAACCAAUAUGGCCAAGUGGUCGUCAACCCAGAGCGUCAAAUUGGAACUAACGACGGUUAGCGGCAGCCCAGGAAGCAGCGCUAGCAGGCCACACUUCACGAAACGGAUUACAAAAGAGUCCUUAUCGUUUAGCUGAUAAAAUGAGUGGUCCAGCGUCUCGUGGCGGGGACCAACCAAUUAGUGGUGGUCCCACAUCACUCUUCAUAUUUACAGAAGAGAAUCCGAUUCGAAAAUACACACGAUUCAUUAUCGAAUGGCCACCGUUUGAAUAUGCCGUACUCAUGACAAUCAUCGCGAAUUGUGUAGUGCUCGCGCUCGAAGAGCAUUUACCAGAUGGCGACCGAACAACAUUAGCUAAGUCUCUUGAGGCGACUGAAGUCUAUUUUUUGGGUAUAUUCUGCGUGGAGGCAUCGCUGAAAAUCAUAGCCUUAGGCUUUUUACUGCACAAAAACUCCUAUCUCAGGAACAUAUGGAAUAUAAUGGAUUUUUUCGUUGUAGUAACUGGCUCAAUGACCGUAUUCGCCGAAGCAAAUGUCGAUGUCGAUUUACGUAUGUUACGUUCGUUCAGAGUAUUGCGUCCAUUAAAACUCGUCUCUCGGAUACCAAGUUUACAAGUAGUUUUAAGAUCAAUAAUAAAAGCUAUGGCACCGUUGCUUCAAAUCGGACUCUUGGUUUUGUUUGCAAUUGUCAUAUUUGCAAUCAUUGGGCUCGAGUUCUAUUCGGGUGCAUUGCACAAGAGUUGUUAUAGUUUAGAGAAUAUAAAUGUAAUUGUAAAAGAAGGGGACGCAGAAGUGCCCUGUAAUUCUGAUAAUAAAACAUUAUCACCGUCUGGAGCAUAUCCAUGUAAUGCGAGUACUAGUACAUGUUUAGAAAAAUGGGAUGGUCCCAAUUACGGCAUAACGUCAUUCGACAACAUUGGAUUCGCAAUGUUGACGGUAUUUCAGUGCAUCACGAUGGAAGGUUGGACAGCAAUACUGUAUUGGACAAAUGAUGCACUCGGUGCAUUGUACAAUUGGAUCUACUUCGUGCCGUUGAUUGUGCUUGGAUCGUUUUUUAUGUUAAAUUUGGUUCUUGGUGUUCUCAGCGGUGAAUUUGCUAAAGAAAGAGAAAAAGUAGAAAAUAGACAAGAAUUUUUAAAGCUUAGAAGGCAAGCUGUUCUUGAGAGAGAAUUAAACGGAUACGUGGAGUGGAUCUGUAAAGCUGAGGAAGUCAUCUUGGCAGAAGAGCGAACAACUGAAGAGGAGAAAAUGCACAUUAUGGAAGCACGUCGACGUGUCGCUGCCAAACGAAAAAAGCUGAAGAAUUUGGGUAAAUCAAAGUCAACAGACACCGAAGACGAAGAUGCGGAUGAUGAUUGUGGAGAUGAAGGCUAUCUUAAACCAAAAGUACCGAACCAAGGCAGCUGCAAAAGUUUUUGGUUGGCAGAGAAGCGAUUCCGUUUUUGGAUCAGGCACACCGUCAAAACACAAUGGUUCUAUUGGUUUGUCAUCAUUUUGGUAUUUUUCAAUACGGUCACCGUUGCUGUGGAACACUACAAACAACCACAAUGGCUCACCGACUUCCUUUAUUAUUCUGAAUACGUGUUCUUGGCCCUGUUCAUGAUGGAAAUGUGCAUAAAAAUGUAUGCACUUGGGCCACGAAAGUACUUUGAGUCGGCAUUUAAUCGGUUCGAUUGUGUCGUCAUCUUUGGCUCAUUGUUCGAAAUCAUUUGGACACACUGGAAAGGUGGUUCCUUCGGUUUGUCUGUGUUACGUGCACUUCGUUUGCUGCGCAUUUUCAAAGUCACCAAAUAUUGGUCGUCACUGCGAAAUCUUGUGAUAUCAUUGCUGAAUUCAAUGAGAUCGAUUAUCUCGUUGCUGUUCUUGCUCUUUUUGUUCAUACUUAUUUUUGCAUUAUUGGGAAUGCAACUGUUUGGUGGUCAAUUCAAUUUCGAAGACGGAACACCGCCAACAAAUUUCAACACAUUUCCUAUCGCUUUGUUAACAGUGUUCCAAAUUCUCACCGGCGAGGAUUGGAACGAAGUCAUGUACCAUGGCAUCGAAUCUCAAGGUGGCAACAAAAAAGGAAUGAUCUAUUCUUUAUACUUCAUCGUCUUGGUGCUCUUCGGCAACUACACUUUGUUAAAUGUGUUCUUGGCUAUCGCUGUCGAUAAUUUGGCGAACGCACAAGAACUGACUGCAGCUGAAGAGGAACAAGUCGAGGAGGAUAAAGAGAAGCAAUUACAAGAGCUUGAAAAGGAAAUGGAAGCCUUGCAAGGGGAUGGCACCCGUAUUGAUGGAGGUUUGUCAUCACCACCGAAAAAUCGCAAGAAAAAAGAUGAAGAAAAGAAAGAAGAGGAAGAAGAAAUUACAGACGGACCGAAACCAAUGUUACCGUAUUCAUCUAUGUUUAUCUUAUCGCCCACCAAUAUUAUUCGACGAGCCGCCCAUUGGGUUGUAAAUCUUCGAUAUUUUGAUUUCUUCAUUAUGUUAAUUAUCACAAUGUCAUCAAUUGCCUUGGCAGCCGAAGAUCCAGUGGAUGAGAACUCAUACCGAAAUGAAGUUUUAAACUAUUUUGAUUAUGCAUUUACCGGCGUGUUUACCAUAGAAAUGUUAUUAAAAAUCAUCGAUUUAGGCAUUAUACUGCAUCCAGGCAGUUAUCUUCGUGAAUUUUGGAAUGUAAUGGAUGCGGUGGUUGUAAUUUGCGCUGCCGUCAGCUUUGGAUUCGAUAUGACGUCGGGUGGUGGUGGUAGUGUUGGCCAAAAUCUAUCCACAAUCAAAUCAUUGCGUGUACUUCGUGUACUGCGACCGCUAAAAACAAUCAAACGUGUUCCGAAACUGAAAGCAGUAUUUGAUUGUGUCGUCAACUCAUUAAAAAACGUUGUUAAUAUUUUAAUUGUGUACAUAUUAUUCCAAUUUAUCUUCGCUGUAAUCGGCGUUCAGCUAUUCAAUGGAAAAUUCUUCUACUGCACUGACGAAAGCAAACGAAAUGCUGAAGAAUGCCAGGGCUCAUUUUUCGUUUACGAUGAAGAAGAAGAACUGCCACGAGAAGAGAAACGACGAUGGAUGACUCAAAGUUUCCACUACAAUAACGUUGCAACGGCAAUGUUAACACUAUUCGCUGUUCAAACAGGCGAAGGAUGGCCUCAAAUUCUUCAGCAUUCGAUGGCUGCCACAUAUGACGAUCAAGGACCAAUACAAAAUUUUCGCAUCGAAAUGUCCAUUUUCUACAUAGUUUACUUUAUCGUGUUUCCAUUUUUCUUCGUAAACAUAUUCGUGGCCUUGAUUAUCAUCACAUUCCAAGAACAAGGUGAAGCCGAACUUCAGGAUGGUGAAAUUGACAAAAAUCAGAAAUCUUGCAUCGAUUUCACGAUCGGUGCUCGUCCAUUGGAGCGAUAUAUGCCAAGUAAACGAAAUAGCUUCAAAUAUAAAAUUUGGCGCAUCGUCGUUUCAACGCCGUUCGAAUAUUUUAUUAUGCUGUUAAUUGUGUUCAAUACUUUACUACUCAUGAUGAAGUACCAUAAUCAAAGUCCAGUCUUCGAAAAGUUAAUGAGAUACAUCAAUAUGGGUUUUACUGGAAUGUUUAGUGUUGAAACAGUGCUCAAAAUUAUCGGAUUCGGGAUAAAGAACUUCUUCAAGGAUGCCUGGAACGUGUUCGAUUUCAUCACUGUAAUUGGUAGCAUAAUCGACGCGAUGGUGUUGGAAAUUGGGACAUCUGUUGAUUUUGAGGUAAAACAUAAUCCUGAUUUUGAUAGUUUACCCUUUGUCCAGCCAAUUCCUCGCAAACCGGCCAAUACAUUUAAUGUUGGCUUCUUGCGUCUAUUCCGUGCGGCCCGUUUAAUUAAGUUGCUGCGUCAAGGAUACACAAUUCGAAUUCUGCUAUGGACCUUCGUUCAAUCGUUUAAAGCUUUGCCGUACGUCUGCCUCCUUAUCGCAAUGUUAUUUUUCAUUUACGCCAUCAUCGGAAUGCAGGUUUUUGGAAAUAUCGCUCUAUCGCCCGAUACCGCCAUUACAAGACACAACAAUUUCCGAUCGUUUUUACAAGGACUAAUGCUACUGUUCAGGUGCGCGACAGGCGAGGCUUGGCCGAACAUUAUGUUGGCAUGUCUUAAAGGUCCGUGUGAUUCCAAGUCAGGCAAACAAGGCGAAGACUGUGGAUCACCAAUAGCAUAUGCAUAUUUCGUGUCCUUCAUUUUCUUUUGCUCGUUUUUGAUGUUGAAUCUGUUCGUGGCUGUUAUCAUGGAUAAUUUUGAUUAUUUAACAAGAGAUUCAAGUAUAUUGGGCGCCCAUCAUUUGGAUGAAUUUGUGCGCAUUUGGGCUGAAUAUGAUCCGAACGCAACGGGCAAAAUUCACUAUACCGAAAUGUAUGAUAUGCUAAAGAACAUAGAUCCACCUUUAGGUUUUGGCAAUAAAUGUCCGAACAGACUCGCCUACAAAAAACUGAUACGAAUGAAUAUGCCAUUGGAUGAAGAGAAACGUGUAAAUUUUACGACCACGCUAUUCGCAUUGAUUCGUGAAAAUUUAAAUAUAAAAAUGCGAUUGGCUGACGAAAUGGACCAAGCUGACGAAGAGCUUCGUGAAACCAUCCAGAUGAUAUGGCCUUUUCAAGCGAAAAAGAUGCUGGACUUGCUCAUUCCUCGCACCGAACGUUUGAACAAAAUGAAUUUAACCGUGGGAAAAAUAUAUGCGAGUCUAUUGAUACUGGAGUCAUGGAGAAAUACGAAAUUUGGCCAAAUUGAAAGUGGAAUACCGAAGAAAGACGCAAGCAAAACAAGUCCUACAUCCAAACAGGCGCAGAAACAAUCGUUCUUCAAUUGUUUGCUGGAUAUGGCCGCAAUGGAAAAAACAAAUUCACGCACGGGUUCGAUAAAUAUAGACGAGGGUGUUGCUAGUUCACAAACACAAUUGCUGCAUGGGCAAAAUGGUCAAGAAGAGCGAUCAAGUCUAUCGCAACUAGCUCGGCACAGCACCAUACGAAAACGCUCAUUGCGGAGCAAAAAGAUGUUGGAAUUACAUGACAUUGGAUCGAGGCAACCGUCGAUGGAAUCUUUGACGGGUGAACCAGAUGGAACGCAUUUGCAUCCAGGACAUCAGUAUUCUAAUCGACGAUCUCCCAGUUUGAGACGAUCUGGAUCGCCUCAUUUGGAACGAACACCUAGCCCACGGCGAAGAGGCAAUCAAUUGCAUCCGCAUCAUGAUGUUGGAUUUUCGGACACAGUAUCAAAUGUUGUUGAAAUUGUUAAGGAAGAACGUGGACACAAUCGUGGAUACCGAACAAAUGGUAGAUACCCACGAGGUUCAUGGUCGGCAUCAACAAGCCCAGCCAGAUCUCCAUCACCAUUACGUCAUCGCGGCAAACAAAAUCAAUUUUCACCCACGUACGGUGGCACGACAAGUCUAUGUCAAAGAUCACGUUCACCGAGUCCGGCUCGAUUACAGGAAAUGCGUGAAAGAGGUGUCCAUCAUGUACAGCAUAGUUAUCCAGUACUGGUACAACGACGGGGCCAAGGUCGACGAUUACCACCGACACCUAGCAAACCAUCUACACUUCAUCUAAAACCAUCGAACAUCAACUUCCCGAAAUUAAAUGCUAGCCCAACACAUUUUUAUUCACAGACACAUCAUUCGACGCCGCACAGUGUUCAUUCGUUGCCACAUUCACGUGAUUUCAUUAGAGACAACAAAGAUUACUACUAUCGGGAAAAAGACAGGGAUUCACGCAGAGAACAUUUCCGUGAUCAUCGCGGACCAACACGUUACAUCCACCGAAGUCUAAUGUCAUUUGCAGUGGAAUACGAUGACUCAGAGUAUGAUAUGCGGUAUGAAUACAGAGACAGAGAACGAGAAUUAUACGAAUUAGAACGAGACCGUGAAAGAGAAUUGGAGCGCGAAAGUCUUCUCCAAAGGUUGGAGUAUCACACUCCGAUGUCAUUCGAACAAGCUUUGGCAAUGGGACGAACCGGUAUAUUACCGUCUCCGGUAAGAAAUGGAUAUGCAACACAAGGAUUGGGCGCCACCUUAAAACAGACCGUAGAGAGACACUCUGAUUCAGACGAAGAAGAUUGGUGCUAGCAAAGGCUGAACAAUGAUCCACGACUUCCGUUUUCGUAGAUCAAACAAACAUCAUAUAUAAAUAUCGCGCCAUCUGCAGUAUAAUAACGACCCAUCAAAUUGAUUUUCAAUUUUAAACGAUCAGAAAUGGCUCAAAAAUGGCAAGGACAUUUAAGCAGUCAGUCAGAUCAGUAUGUCAAACAAGUGAAGAUUAGAAACAAUAUUUUGAUAACCUUUCGUUAGUUCCCUUUUUUUCAUUCAGUGAAUACGUUGUUUAUCAAAUAAUUUAUAAAAAUUGUAUAAGUUAAACGAUUUUGUACUCAAAAAGUCAAAUACUUUAACAUUAAAUGGAGGUUACAACUUAGAGACGAAACAAAAAGCAGAUAUAUUUUCAGUUUGUUAUUUAAGAUUUAAACGGUGUUUUUAACUGUACACACAAUGUACAGGUUAUUCGUUAUCGUCUGUUUAAUCUCUCCCGCAGUUUUCAUUGUGCGCGACCAUGUCAUCGUCGUUUAUAAGAAUAUCCACUGAUCAUGCAGUAUAUUUAACGAAAUCUUUUCAACGCACUCUCAACUGAAAAAUUAAAUAACAAACAAAUCAUUCAAUAUUUUUCCCCCUUUUUUUAUUGUAUAAACACACAAACACAAAAGCAUAAAUAUGAAGAAAAAUUAUGAAUACUACAUUUUAAAAAAACUCACAAAAAAUGCGAAAAAACAUGAAGCAAGAGAGUAUCACGCUUCAGAUACUAAUUUUGACCAAACAUAUUCUCGUAAAUGCAUUUAAUGAAGAAAAAACUUAUUGUUAAUAAUAAUAUUAAUUCGCCCAUCACAAUUUCAUAUUUCAUAUCGAAACAACAUAUAUCAAAAAAAAUAUAUAUAUUAUAUAGUGUUAAUUCAACAAAAUAACAUAUUUACAUUCUACAGAGAGAGCGACAUCAUUUUAAAUGUCAAAAUCUAUUUAGUGUUCAUAUCCAGAUGUAUUUUCGCUUUGAGAUGAGCUGUAACAAUUAGCAAGCAAUUCAACGUCGAAGCUCGAAGAGAAAAUCGAUAUUUCCUUCAGUGUUUUUAAAUUCAAAUCAUAUAACGUACACGUUCUAUUGUUGACCCAUAAAGCUCUUCAUGUUUAAAAUACAAAAAAAAAACUCGUUCAUAUCUUUUCAUUUCAAUUUAUUUACUCGCAUCGGCGCUGAACCAUUUACAAAUAGAUAAUCGUAUUAGUGAGAACAAAAAAAAAAAAUCCUGUAAAUAAUUUUCAUAGAUUCCAAAAUGCAUACCACACAUGAAACAUUGCCUAAUAAUCUUAAUAUCGAAUCAAAUUUCACGAGAAACUUAGUUAGUUGUGUGUUUCCCAUUGAAUUUUUGUGCAUUACAAAAUGUUUCGUACUUCGAGUCUUCAUACCCGAACAGAGAAAUGAAUUUCGAAGCUUCAAACUUUAUUGGAAACUUGCUCGUUAGAACACAGAGCCAAAGAUAUAUAUAGAAUUUGAACAAACAACAUAUAGCAUAAAUAGCUCGAAUAAAAACAGGUUUUUCUAAUUAAGAAUUAAAAAAAGAGAAGAAGAAGAAAAAACAAAGCGAAUGGCAGAAGAAAUUACUUAUAGGCGUAAGAUGGAGAAGAGUUUGCACAAAACACGCAGAUUUAAUAUUCACCGAUAUGUAACCGCGAUAUGAAUCGACGCUUGUUUAUCCAUUUUUCGACAUUUUAUCUAGCAAAUUCAUUAAUCGUGUAAAUAUUUUUUUUCUGUCUGUCAUAGUAUUGAACUGUUUAAAAAAAAUAAAAAUGAAAAUCCUUUGAGUGUGUAUUCGUUUCAAGUCAUCACACCACAUGGUACCUAAGUUAUUAACUCUAUUUAAAGUUGGAAUGUUGAAUGAGAACCGUAACCAUUUAAGUAAAAUGUAUGUAAAUAGAUCGCAGUUUUUGGAUAGAUCAAUUGAUUUGUUAUGGCAUUUGAUGAACGUAUAUCCCACGUUAGAUAGGCGAUCAAGUGGACGUUGUUUUUUUGGAGAUGAGUGAUCGAAAAGAUUAGUUUAAAAAGAUUUGAAAUAAUUCUUACGCCAAAGCAUAAAAAAAUAUUGUUUGUUAAGCUUGCAUUUAGAAAUGCUGUUUCUUUUUAAAGGAUUAAAACAAAAAAAAAAAAAAAAACACAAAAAAAUCGGUGAAUAUUACAUUCAUUUCAUAUCAAUCCCAAUUUCAUAUCUCUAUUUAUUUCCCACGAUACCACGUGAUUCAUACACAAUGCUGUUACAUUUUUUUUUAUAAAAAACAUUUUAAAAGAACAAAACUUCAACCUGUUGAUUUUGUAUUCAUUGCCUCCAAGGAACGAAUCAGUGGCAAAAUUCCAAAAAUACCGGCGAAUAUUAAAACAUGAAUGAAAGUGCUGGAAAAUACGCAAAUUUAUCGGAAGUGUUGAUAUUUUUUCGUCAUUUUUAAAUAGGUCUUAGUGUUCGUCGAUGCUUUUGUUAUUUUGUUACUAACUCGAUCCUUUUUGCAUAUUUUAUAUUUAACAAAAUACGAGAAAAUAAAUAUUUAUUUCAAAAUACUACGGAAUCAUGUACAUAUUCUGCCAUUUUCUCAAGAUCCCUUUCGAAGCCACUUAAUGGCAUUUUUGCAUCCGUCAAAUUUGUCCACCCUAUUCCCUGUGGUUAGAAAGUACUUUGUUUAGCGUUUAGUUUACGGGGAUGGGCUAAUCAAGUGUUACACGAUCUGCUACGUUAAUCUAUUCCUUGAUUUUCUUUUUAAAAGGCAAUUCAUUUCUUGCUACCUAAUAUGACUUAAAUUCCGUUUUCAGUUACGUGAAACAUCAAAGGUGUAAACCUCUUUGAUGUGUAUUGCAAAUCAUUCAAGCUGCUUAAUCUGCUAAAUCUAAUAAUUCGGUUAAAUACCAUAUGCCAUGCAAUUUUUCUUUGAAUUAUAUAAGUUAUGCAACAAAAGAUAGAUGGCGUAGCAAAGAAUAACAAUAACAGAAAAUAAAAUUUAACUAACCGAAUGGUCCUUUGAAAUUCUUUUAAAAACCACCAGAAAAUUAAUAUAAAAAGAACACUAAAAUUUAUACACUUUUCACAUAUUUUGCGAAAAAAUGUAAAUACAUUUUUCUGUGAUAUGAUUAUUAAUAAACAAAAAUAAUUAUAUAAAAAAAAAUCUGAAAAAAAUUAUAAAUAUAUAUAUUUCAGAAUAGUUCUCGUCAUAAUUAAGCCAUAAAGCUGAUCAAAUCAGCGAAGUAACAUUUCAUCAACCUUCAUAAAUGACUCACUUACAACAAAAUGGUAUAAAACAGAUUCAGCGAGAAAACCAAAAUAUAUACACAAAAACGAAAUUCACAAAACUCAAGAUUUACACAUAGAAUUGUUAGCAAUUCGAACAAAAUAAAAGAGAAAAUAAAGAACCCUGUCAUUCAGUGUAUAAAUUUAAUGUUAUUUGUACUUUUUAAAAAACAAAAAUAUUAAUAUUUAGUAGAUAAAACGAUAUAAACUGAAUAUUUGACUUGAUAAAAUCCUAUAAAAACAACAACGCUGAACAAAUACAAAAGAAACAAACAUUUAGAGCAUUCUAAUUGCAAAUUGCUCUGAAAAUUUAAAUAAAUCCCAGACCCCAAAAAUUAAAAAAUAAAAAUAAAUGAAAAGCUCGAUAUUCAUUCAGUAAUAUUAAAUGACUAUUUAUCAAAUAAAACUCUAUAAAUUGGAAUUAUCAAUAAGAGAUGAUUAAAAGA